CUCCUCGAUCUCCAUCGAGAGAGAAAGAGAGAGGAGAUGGGGAACAGCCUCUUGAAGCUCAUCAGCGAGUGCUUCAAGCCCUCAGCUACCCAUGAACCUCAACCACAAGCUCCUCCCGGCGUCAGCCCUGCUGUCUCCGCCCUCGCCCAUGACCUUCUCCACUUCGAGAUCACUUCUCAGGUUCCGGAUGGGUUAGGGCAGCAUGUUGUUUCCUCGAAGAAGGCUCAGGCUAACUGGUACAAGAAACUCUUGGAGGCAUGGAGGGAAGCCAAGCCACCACCAAGAACACCAGAAGAAGCUUCAAGGCUUGUCAUUGAAACCUUGAAAAGGCACCAAAAAGCAGAUGUUCAGGGUCUCUUGGCUUUCUAUGGCCUCCCUAGCCCACAGUCUCUACCGGAAAUCUCAACAGUUGUUCCAUCUUAUCCUCCUGAAGGAGUUCAAUAUGAGUUGCAAACACUUCCUGUUGAUCCCAAAGCAGUUGCAGAUGGUGAUACCAUUACUGUGUAUGUGGACACAAGCAACCCAAGAGAAUCAGGUAUUGUGCCUAGAGAAGUACAUGAAGCAGCCAUUGGACGAGCCAGAGCCCGGGCUGCCAGGAAUUACGACGAGGCAGAUGCUCUUCAGAAAAUCAUGGUUAAUGCAGGAUACAGAGUGAUCAAUUUUCCAAAUGGUGAGGAGACACUCGCCCGGAAAUACCGAAUUAGAUUAAGGGGGAUUGAUGCACCAGAGGGUGCCAUGCCAUAUGGGAAGGAAGCCAAGGAGGAGCUAGUGAAGCUGGUUCAAGGCAAACCUUUGAAGAUCUAUGCUUUCGGUGAUGAUCGGUAUGGCCGGUGUGUUGGGGAUAUCUAUUGCAAUGGGGUUUUUGUGCAGGAGCAGAUGCUAAGGCGGGGAUUUGCAUGGCAUUAUACAGCUUACGACAAGCGUCCUGAGCUUGCAAAGUGGGAGAACGAAGCUCGGAAAGCUCGCAGAGGUUUAUGGGCUGCCCCGAACCCUGAGAAGCCAUGGGAUUGGCGAAAAGAAAGGCGAAAUGGCACAUAAAAAACACUGCAUCUUAUAACAAUGGAGCUUGUUCAGAUGAAACUAAUAAUGUAUAUCAUCAGUGAACAAAUAUGCGCAAAGAUGUACCAUAAUUUAACUUCUAAAUUUAUCAAUGCUGUGUUUAUGUAGAAUUUCAUUGCUAUGCCAUGUCAGAACAUAUUUGUCCUGUACAUUGGUGAUUGCACCUUCAAAUUUCUAUGACAA